AUGAGGUUUGCGAUUGCGUGUACGGCCAGGGGAUUUGUUCAUCGGAAUCUCCAUCUCCAUCUCCAUCUCCAUCUCCAUCUCCAUCUCCAGGGGAAAGGUAAUCCUGGAACUUCUCCUUCUCCGGUCUCCCUUUGCGGUCUCCGUAGCUUGGAACGAGCUUUCUCAGGUCUCAGUGAUGGUUGCAGAGAGACAUUGAGAAAUGGGCUUCGUGAUAUUAAGUUAGAAGAUGCAGUUGAUCUGUUCAGUGAGAUGGUUGAGUCUCGUCCACGCCCUUCCAUUAUUGAUUUCAAUAAGUUGUUGAGCGCCAUCGCCAAGAUGAAGAAGUACGAUGUUGUCAUCUCUAUGGGCGAGCAGAUGCAAAAGUUUGGGAUUUCACAUGAUCUCUAUACAUUCAAUAUUUUCAUAAACUGUUUGUGCCGCUCCUCUCUGCUCUCUCUCGCUUUAGCUACCCUUGGGAAGAUGAUGAAACUUGGCUAUGAGCCUGAUACAGUCACGCUUUCUUCGCUGCUCAAUGGUUUCUGUCACGGGAAGAGGAUCUCUGAUGCCGUAGCUUUGGUUGAUCAAAUGGUGGAAAUUGGAUGUAAACCUGAUACCGUCACAUUCAACACUCUGAUCCAUGGGCUUUUUCUCAACAACAAAGUCUCAGAAGCUGUGGCGUUAGUUGAACGGAUGGUUGUGAAUGGGUGUCAACCAGAUCUGAUUACUUACUGUGUUGUGGUAAAUGGAGUAUGUAAGAGAGGUCAUACUGAUUUGGCUCUGACUCUGCUCAAGAAUAUGGAGAAAGAGAAGAUAGAGGCGGAUGUUUUGAUCUACAAUACAAUUAUUGAUGGUCUCUGCAAACACAGACAUGUGGAUGAUGCACUCGAGCUAUUCAGUGAAAUGGAGAAGAAAGGGAUUAGACCUGAUGUUUUCACCUACAAUUCUCUCAUAAGCUGCCUUUGUAAUUAUGGAAGAUGGAACGAUGCCUCUCGACUACUAAGCGAUAUGAUCGAGAGGAGAAUCAACCCCGAUGUUGUCACUUUCGCUGCAUUGAUCGAUGCGUUUGUGAAAGAGGGGAAGCUUUUGGAGGCCGAAGAAUAA